AACCUAAAAGCCUAAAUGAGGAAAGUGCCUUUACAAUUCUACAUAAAUAGAUGCUAUUAUAGUUGAUCCUAAUAACAAGCAAACCCUGUGAGGCAGUGAGAGGCAGGUGGCCCCUUUACAGGAGAAAAAGAAAUAAAAUGACUAGUCCAAGAUCACACAGCAGCAAUGCUCAUACUGGCACUCAAGUCUCAACACCCAGUGCAAUGCUUUCCCAAUUACCGACCAUCCCACUUUAUCGAACCACCUAGGAAUAUUCUGAUCUUGCCCAGGUUGGCGAUUAUUCUCCUUAUCUCUAAAAUGCAGAAGAAGGAAGACAAGAAGGAAGUGUAGGAAGAUGGGCCAGUUAAUUUCCAAAUAACACUUAACCUAGAGGAUUCAUUCAGGAAGCGCAUCCUACCCUGCAGUAUUCAUUUUAGCUCACAGGGAUCCAUGACUUUUACAGCUUAAAGAGGAACUAGUGUAGUAAUAAGAACACUAGACCAGAAUCCCAGGCCCGCGUGACCUUCGGCAAGUCCCUUAACCUCCUGGACUAGAGGGCUGCGACAGUCCGUGCCAGCUCUGAAGCCUGUGACCUCAGCGCAGCCGGUUCACCCUUCCAGCUGAGCUCGACUAAAGCAGGAUUCCCGCACCUGACACGUUCUAUCAAGCAACCCCCGGUAUCCAGAGGAGCGCAGGAGAGGGCGGGGCCUGCUCAGGGGGAGGUCGCUUCCGAGGUCAGGCUCAGGUCUCCGUCUCCCCAGGUGGACAGCAGGGGUCAGCGGGGCGGGCCUUCUCCGAACUCCAACAUGGCGGCUGCGACGGCCAUAAACGGAGCCAAGCGCAACUUGCGGGCCGAGAUGAAGCAGCGGCUGCGGGCGAUCAGCGCCGAGGAACGGCUGCGCCAGUCCCGUCUGCUGACAGAGAAGGUGAUCACUCAUAGUAAAUAUCAAGAGGCUCAGAGAAUUUCAAUCUUUCUGAGCAUGCAGGAUGAAAUUGAGACAGAAGAAAUUAUCAAGGAUAUUUUUCGACGUGGCAAAACAUGUUUUAUCCCUCGAUACAAAUUCAAGAGCAGCUACAUGGAUAUGGUAAAGUUAUUUUCAGCAGAGGAAAUUUUUUCACUUCCCAAAACUUCCUGGAACAUUCAUCAGCCCAGAGAUGAUGAAGUGCGGGAGGAGGCUUUGUCAACAGGGGGUCUGGAUCUCAUCUUCAUGCCAGGUCUUGGAUUUGACAUACAGGGCAACCGCCUGGGAAGGGGGAAGGGAUACUAUGACACCUACCUGAAGCAGUGCUUGCAGCACCAAGAAAGAAAGCCUUAUACGAUUGCUUUGGCUUUCAAAGAGCAGAUCUGUGGUGCAGUGCCAGUCGGAGAAAAUGAUAUGAAAAUAGAUGAAGUGCUCUAUGAAGACAAAUAAACUUUGUGGUUCCCAGUGACAACUCUGUGGAAUGAUUUGGGUUUUGUACUCAAGUAAAACCAAAUGAAUUUAUUUUCUCCUAUCUAAAAAUCAUUUGCAACUCUGCUUUUGUAUUACUAAGAACUGAAUUGACUUUGGCAUAAUAAGAAAGGGUUUAGUAUAAAAUAUUAGUUAAAAAUCUUUAGCAAUGUGGAUAAUAGAGUAUUAGUAAAAGUGAACAUUGCAUUUAGUGAUUUUUCUUCCUAAUUUCCUGGUAUUAAAAUGACAAUUUUAUA